AGAAGGAACUAGAACUUACAUUCAGUAACUCCAGUUACGUAGUGGGGGAAAAAAAUAGAAAACCACUUCCCGCCUUUUUUACUUUUUUCACAGCAGUUGACAGUUAACCGUUAAAAUAUUAGAAUAAGCGCCAAAACCGAAGCUUUCCACCAGCAUCCACCAGAUGCCCUCAUCUUUGUUCCACUCUCCAUUUUGUUGUUUUCCCUGAGCGUGGACCUUCUUCAUCCUCAGCCACGGCCAUCGCCGGAGCUCGGAGGUCUUCGGAGAGUUCACGGUAUUAGCAAGAAGUCAAUUUUUUAUUGUCUUUUGAUCUGAUCUGAUUGAUGUUUUGGUGUGAGGUUGGGUAACAUGGUGAGCUGCCGGCAGGCUUGUCGGUAGGAUCGCUAUGAGUUUGGUUUGUCUUGUGGUGCUGUUGGUUCUCAUCCACCGUGCUCUUGCUCAGCAAGGUUUCUUGAGCAUUCACUGUUGUGCCAUCAAAAAUAUCACAGAUCCAGUCACUAAUAUAACAUGGACCUCUGAUGAGUAUCUGCCCAAAGCGGUAGGAACAUGCGAGGAUGUGUCUUUUCCUUCUAUCAGCACUUCCAGAUAUUCCUUGGCUCGAGUCUUCUCAGCUGAUAACCAGAACAGUUGGUGUUACUAUCUACAAAUAGUCCAGGGACAAGACUACCUGGUGAGGACUACUUUUCUUUAUGGGCCGGUGUUCAGAUCAAUAGAUGAAACAUUGUUCAACAUCUCAAUUGGCUCUACAUCAAUAUCCCAAGUCAAUUCAUCUCUUCAGUCUUUUGUGGCAGAGGGUAUCUUUGCUGCCACUGGUAACAAUGUGAAUAUUUGUCUAGUGAAAGAGAAGGGAAAUGCUUACAUUUCAAUGAUUGAAUUGAGACCUCUUAAUGAUAAAAUCUACUUUGAUGGUGACUCGUCUAUUCUAAAGUUGGUCUCUCGUGUUGAUCUUGGAAAUGAAAAAACUUCAUACAGGUAUCCAGUGGACCCUGCUGACCGCAUUUGGGAUUUUGAUCCAAAUUUCACCAGGAGCACUUCCUUAAAUUCAUUUAAUUUAAAUCUGCAGGAUGUUAAUACUUCUAUACCUCUUCAAGUUCUACAGACUGCUGUGGCUGAUGACAAGCUGUUGAAUUUCCAACUUGUUAAUCUCGAUAUAAGCCAUGAAAACUAUCUUGUCAUCCUUCAUUUCCUUGAGCUUAAUCCUGACAUUCAAGCAGGCCAAAGGAUAUUUGAUAUUUGUGUGAAUGGAGAAAAGAAAUCGGAUAGGUUUGAUAUACUUAAAAGCGGGAAGCCUUCCCGCUACAAAGCAUUUACAGUUAAGGUCAAAGCAAACGGUUUUCUCAACAUUUCUCUGAUAAAAGCUUCAAACACAGUACAAUAUGGACCCAUCUGCAAUGCUUAUGAAAUCUUUGAAGUGCAUGACAUAGAUGUUGAAACCAUUUAUAGAGAUGUUGAAGCAGCAUCACAGCUGAAGAAUGUACUUGUUAUGGAGAACCCAGGGAAUCAGAGAUUGAGAAAGUGGCUUGGGGAUCCAUGCACACCAUCUCCCUGGGAAGGUCUUGAUUGUGGAGAAAGGAAUCAAACUCUUAUCAUUACCAAGCUGAACCUUUCAUCAAUGGGCCUUCAAGGACCGGUACCUGACAUCAUCAGUGACCUGAAAGACCUAACGGAGCUGGAUCUGCAGAACAACAACUUCAGCGGCUCCAUUCCAGAAUCUCUUGCAUCUCUGAAGCAUUUAUCAAAAUUGUCUAUCAGUUGCAACCCACAGCUCAACAGUCAGGUUCCCAGAAACUUAACAGAAAAGAAGAAUCUUACCAUAGAUUUUCAAGGUUGUGAUGGUCAAGAAGAUCCUGAGUCUGCUGACUCCCCUCAAAGAAGUGUUUAUUUCAUAGGUGGCAUUGCUGGAGGAUCUGUUGCAUUUGCACUUGGACUUGGAGCAUUUUUAACUUGCUUCUACAAACGAACUCGGCAACAUAACGAUACAACCCACCUAGUUGUGAAGAAUCCAGUUUACUUGAUGCCCAACAUGGAUGCCCCUUCUGUGAAAUUAAUAGUGCAGUGCUUUCCUCUAAAGUAUAUCGAAAGUGUGACAUGUAAUUACAAAACAAUGAUUGGUGAAGGGGGAUUCGGAGCUGUUUUCCGAGGCACUCUCCCAGAUGGAGAAGAAGUUGCUGUAAAGGUUAGAUCAGCCACAUCAACACAAGGAACUCGUGAGUUUGAUAAUGAGGUGACACUCCUUUCAACUGUUCGGAAUGAAAAUUUAGUCCCGCUUCUUGGUUAUUGCUGCGAAAAUGAUCAACAAAUUCUUGUUUAUCCAUUUAUGUCAAAUGGGUCAUUACAAGAUCGUCUUUAUGGGGAAGCGGCAAAAAGGAAAAUUCUUGACUGGCCAACCAGACUCUCUAUUGCACUUGGUGCUGCCACAGGUAUAAUGUAUUUGCACAAUUUUGCUGGACGAUGCAUCAUACAUCGGGAUAUAAAGAGCAGCAAUAUUCUUCUUGAUCACAGCAUGUGUGCCAAGGUGGCUGACUUUGGUUUUUCCAAGUAUGCUCCACAAGAAGGUGAUAGUGGUGCUUCUUUGGAAGUAAGAGGAACAGCUGGUUACUUGGAUCCAGAGUAUUAUUCAACCCAACAGUUAUCUAGCAAAAGUGAUGUGUUUAGCUUCGGCGUGGUGCUUUUGGAAAUUGUAACUGGAAGAGAGCCUCUCAAUAUACAAAGGCCACGCAAUGAAUGGAGCUUGGUCGAAUGGGCAAAACCAUUUAUCAGAGAAUCAAGAAUCGACGAAAUUGUGGAUCCAAGUAUAAAAGGUGGUUACCAUGCCGAAGCAAUGUGGAGAGUGGUUGAAACUGCAUUGGUUUGCCUAGAACCUUUCUCUACUUACAGACCAAAUAUAACCGACAUUGUGAGAGAGCUUGAAGAUGCUCUGAUCAUCGAAAACAAUGCCUCGGAGUAUAUGAGAUCAAUUGAAAGCAUAGGAAUAGGAGGAGUUGGUAAUGGUUCUAGCAGGUAUUUAUCUGUGGAAAGAAAGCCUCUUCCACCAAUUCAGAGUCCAAUUGAACCUUCUCCAAGUUACAGUGAAAUCUUGACUGCUCCACAGCCAAGAUAGUCACCAAAAAGCAAAUCAGUGAAAUGAAACUGUUGUUUUUCUUAAAAGAAAAUGUAUUAUUUUGCUGCAUUUUUGUCAUGAUGAAUGAGAACAUAUGUAGAUCUUGAACAUGUUGUUUCAUUUA